CCCAAGCCUGUUUUUGUCAGUCCAUCGCGUUCAAGUCUUUGCCUGCGGGGCAUGGCCCCUAUUCGGGCCGUCACUGCGUACCGAGCGCUCUUACCAGACUCAAGCUGCCCCCAACUGGUUACCCGCUCAUGCGGGGCAGCAGGGCGUUCGAUCGACAGCGUACCCCUGCUGUCGUGGACGCCAUCAAAAGUCAUGGGAGGGCGAGGCAGUGGGUUGCGGUGCUGGAGCUGCUCUGGGGUGCAUCGCCUCCGAAUCUGCACGUCGAUGAUGCCACCUGUCUCUACAACGCUGCCAUCAGCGCGUGCGGGAGAGGCGGGCAGUGGUGGCUGGCGCUGUGGUUGCUCAGAGGGAUGGCGGAUAAGGAGAUGGAGCCAAACAUCAUUUACUCACCUACAACGCUGGGAUCAGCGCGUGCGAGAAAGCUAGGCAAUGGCGGCAGGCGCUGACGCUGCUCAGCGAGACGCGGGUGGCGAGUCUGGAGCCCGAUGUCAUUUUUUCAGCUACAGCGCUGGGAUCAGCGCGUGCGAGAAAGCCGAGCAAUGGCAGCGGGCGCUGGCGCUUCUCAGCGAGAUGCGGGAGGCGAAGCUCAAGCCAAAUAUAAUCACCUACGGCGCGGGGAUCAGUGCGUGCGAAAAGGGCGAGCAGUGGCAGCGAGCUUUGGUGCUGCUCGGCGAGAUGCGGGAGGCGACGCUGGAGCCCAAUGUCAUCACCUGCAGCGCUGGGAUCAGCGCGUGCGAGAAGGGCGAGCAGUGGCAGCGAGCUCUGGUGCUGCUCGGCGAGAUGCGGCAGGCGAACUUGGAGCUCGACCCCUAAUCAUGUACAACGCCGGGAUCAGCGCGUGCGAAAAGGGUGAGCAGUGGCAGCGCUCAAUUGCGCUGCUCAGCGAGAUGUUGAAUGCGAAGCUGGUUCCCGACGUCAUCACCUACAGCGCUGGGAUCAGCGCUUGCGUGAAGGGCGUGCAGUGGCAGCGCGCUUUGGCGCUGCUGAGGGAGAUGUGCGAGGCGAAACUGGAGCCCGACGCCAUUCUGUAUGGCGCUGGGAUCAGCGCGUGCGAGAAGAGCAAGCAGUGGCAGCGGGCGCUCGCGCUGCUCAGCCAGAUGCGGAAGGCGAUGCUGGAGCCCGACGUCAUCGGCUACAGCGCCGGGAUCAGCGCCUGCGAGAAGUGCGAGCAGUGGCGGUGGGCUCUGGCGCUGCUCCGCGAGAUGCGGGAUGUGAAGCUGGAGCCGAACGUCAGCCAGUUACAGCGCUGGCAUCGGCGCGUGCGAGAAGGGCGAGCAGUGGGAGCGGGCUGUGAUUCUGCUCAGCGAGAUAAUGUGGGAGGCGAAGCUGCAGCCCAAUGUUAUAUGUUGUAUUGCUUUGUGUGCGUGAAUAUGUUUUUUUCCGUUAUUCUCAUUGCCGUUGUUUUUCAUCGAAUUUGAUCCGGAACGCGCGGUUGACGUGGCGCAGCGGCACUUCUGGGGGCGGGCGGACCUUCGAAUUGUUGCAUGGACUCGCCGUGGAUUCGAUCAGGUUGCUUGUCAUGUCGCCAUCAAAAGUCGAGAGCCAUGCUGGGGAUUUCUGAAUGAGCAUGCUGAUCAUCUGGCCUGUUGUGGUGCUGGUUCUUCUGGAAAUCUUACGUCGCCCAGCUGAUGUGCAUCUUUGGGCGAUCGCCUCGACCUAAUAUUCUUGGUGGUUUGAGAUCAGGCGGUCCUUGAUCAUUUUCAACAGGGGCACUCGUGGACGGUAGUCCACGGGUCACCCCUUGGUCAACUACAGUGUUGGGAUCAGCGCGCGCGAGAAGGGCGAGCAGUGGCUGCGGGCGCUGGCGCUACUGAGCGAGAUGUAGGAGGAGAGGGUGGAGCCCGACAGCUACAUCAUAUGCAACGGUGUGAUCGGCGCGUGCAAGAAGGCCGAGCAGUGGCAGCCAGCCUUGGUGUUGCUCGCCCAUAUGAGGGAGGCGGAACUGGAGCCCGACGUCCUCAGCUACAGCUAUGAGAUCAGCGCGUGCGAGGCGGGCGAGCAGUGGCAGCAGGCAUCAAGGGUGUUCGGCGAGAUGUAGGAGGUGUAAUCCGAGGCCGACGUAAUCAGCUCUACCGCAGGGGCCAGCACGUGCGAAUGCGGCGGGCCGCGGCAGCGGGGCGCUGCUCGUGGAGAUGCUGAGGGUGAAUCUGCAGCCCGAUGCCAUCAUCUGUGCUGCAGUGCCGGGAGCAGUGCGUGUCAGAAGAGAGAACCGCCGAUGCAGAUCCGCCUGCCGAAUCGCUUGCGAAUGUACCCCACGGGUGCGCACAAGUCAUCUACAGCGUUAGGAUCAGCACGUGCGAGAAGAGCGAGCAGUGGGAGCGGGCUCUGGCGCUGUUCAGCUAGAUGCGGGAGGACAAGCUGGAGCCCGACGCCAUCAUCUGCAGCGCUUGGAUCAUCGCGUGCGGGAAGAAUGAGCAGUGGCAGCGGGCUCCCGCGCUGCUCAGCCAGAUGUAGCAGGCGAAGCUGAGGCCCGACGUCAUUGUCACGUCAUUAUCAGCUGCAGCGCUGGGGUCAGCCCCUGCGAGAAGGGCGAUCUUUGGCAUCGGGCUCUGGCGCUGCUGAGCCAACUAUGGCAGGCGAAGCCGAUGGACCUCAGAGUCCGAAAACGUACUGAAACCAGCCGUCGCGAUGCCCCGAUCCGACUUGCCUGCCUGUCUCGGCAGUCUCCCAACGAAGGGCG